CGUUUAAGAACGGACCCUGACUUAAAGUAUUUCGUUGACGAGAUCAACCUUUUGACUGAAGAUGAAAAGCAGCAAGAUAUGAGAGAUUUAACAGAGCUUCAAAAGAAAACAGAGGAGAUGAUUUCCAACGCAAAAGAGAUCAUUAGGAGCCUCCGUACAGUGGCUAAGAAACUAGACGGCGUGUGGAGGGACUGCAAGAUAUCUCAUGCUGUUGGAAUCGGCGUUGGAAUAGUGGGAGGCCUUCUUUCAAUCGGUGGAGGAAUUGCAACAUUGAUGACAGCGGGGGCUGCUUCUCCAUUGUUGAUAGCAGGAUUGUCUCUUGGAGGCGCUGGAUUAACUACAAAGUUAGGGACAGCCGCCGUCAACUCUUUUAUAAACUCAAAUGAAAUGAAAAAGGCCGAAGAAAAAUUGGCUAAGACUGUGGACAGUAUUGACGAGGUAAACAGGACUGUCCAAAAGAUUUUGAUCACCAAAGAAAGAGUAAGACUUAUCUACAUUUAUUUCCUUGCCAAAACCCUAAAGUUGGGAGGUCCUGUGUUCUUGAAGAUCCUUCGUGAGCUGGUGUUUCUCUCCGGGGGGACACCUACCAAACUGGUAAUACAAGUAGCAGAAAAGGUAAUGGCCUGUGCACAGGCAGCGAGUCAGGCUGGUGCGAAAGCUGCAACCCAGACUGGUGCUCAAGGAGCGGGAAAGGCAGUUUUGCAAUCUGUUGACGAUGUGUUACGAGCAACGGGUCAGACUGGAGCACAAGCUGCUGAUGACGUAGUCCAAGCAGGGGCUAAAGCGGGCUCUAAGGUAGUUGGUAAAGUUGUCGGUAAAGUCAUCAUUGGAGUCAAUGUUGUAUUCGUAGUGUGGGAUACCAUAGAACUUGGCUUCACCAUUAGGGAUCUCGUUGAAAACAAGGGAUCUGAAGCUGCAAAAGUUCUGAGACAAAAGGCAGAAAAACUUGAGAAUGCCAUGAAGCAAUAAAUAUCGGCAAAAGGGAAGAGUUCGAAAUGAUUUUCAACGAUAAAGACAACAUCGAUCUGCGUUGGCGUGAACAUUUUUCAUCGUGCGCCUAGUUGCAUUUGGCCAUUUUAUAUGAGGAAGUUACAUCUUAGGACUGCAUUAAUGGCGUUUAAGAAGUUUUCUUUUUUAUCUGGCCUCUUUAGAUUUUCAGAGAGAUAAGAAAAGGAUGUUUAAUGUUGAUGUAUACAGUGAAAAGGAGUGUAAUAAAAUAAUUACAUAUUUUAAAGUGAGUAACUUCUGGGGUCUUUUGGGUUGACGCCUGCAUGUAAGGCAAAAUUAUUCUGAUGCUUUCCUUUCAGUGAUGAAGAAAGACUAUUUUCAUUUUCUAUUUACGUUCCCAGUUUAGUGAGGGACAGCGGCUCAGCUUCAAAGAAAUCCCUAAAUACCCGAACGCAAUGACCCUUGUGAGGAACGUUUGGAACUCGGAUUCUGAUAUAAUUGCGGGCCCUACUUUUUCGGUUUUAUGCAUUCAUGAUGCACAGUCCAAAUUCAUUUAAAAUUCUUUGACUUUAUCAGACAACGAGUCGUUGGCUAUUUUGCGAGGCAGCUUAACAAAUUUUCAUGAAAUGUUCUAAGUGGUAGGCAUCUGGGCCACGAUAGUCCCCACUACAAUAGAGGCGAUCACGUGGUCAGGACAUGCCUGCUCAUAUCCCAUCAAAAUUUUAAUAAUUUUUCUCUCGUUUGCCUCGGCUUUUUUGGGGGCCCCACCUUCAUGGAACAUUUCCACCUUGUUUCCCCCGGUGACAGUCAUUUGAGGCCCGCUGAGCUUGUUCCUAGAAGAAGCCGGUGUUCUCUAUGACUGCAUAUAUUGACAACGGAUGGGUAGAAAGCGAUGAAAGGCGUACCCAUUUUAAGGGUUAUUUCUCUUCAGAGAUUGGAACACCAGGAAUUAUAAAAAAUACUCUAAUUUUAUUCAAAUCUUUACGCAAAGCUAAAAAAUUCAGAUAUGUUAAUUUCACAAAGUUAGGAACGCGUAGUCUCGUACCCAGAUCUUCCUACAUUUCAGUCCCGGUUACACGGUAGGAUCUGGGUACGGGAUUACGGAACGCAUCAAACGAAGCGAUUCAAUUUACAAUACAUAUUUUGCUGUCCAUCAUCUGCACUUGUGAUCCAUUUUGCGCCAUGACGCUGGAUUUCAUUUAUUUGGUAUCCCCUAUCUCUUUCUCUACCACAAUUGAGCUCUACUGCACUUUUCCACAGUGAGUGAUUAAAUUCUGGUCUCUUCCAAUCGAGUUCAGCACCUGAUGUACAUUUCCAGCUGGAGUUGGUGACUUUGCCAUCACUGAACGAGCCGGUGAUAUAAGGCACGCCACUGCUUUCUACUGCAAUGGCGAUGAGUCGCGCUGUUGCUUAAAUGGACAAACUAAAGACCCUCGACUGAUCAACUUUUUUAUAGUCGAUCAUAUCAGUCUCCUCAUUGCCAUCCACAUAAAUCUGCAUUUUGUCUUUGCAGCUUAAACUCGCUUUGACAACUCCUGCAAGGAGGAAAAUGUUUUAAGCGUAAAAGGUCUUCUCGUAUGUGUAAGGUUCUUUAUGAGUCAUGGAGUAAGUUAGCGAAAAAUAAACGUCCAGCCUGUUUCCUUGCCAGGAUGCAGUCUUUUAUGGUCGCAUCUUGUUUUUCUACUCUGCAAACAAAAAAUAUGUUAAAAAGAAAUUUCAAGUCGAUCAUGCCUAAGAUAAAUUUGAACUCGACUAAGAAACGAUAAAAAGUGAUGAAGCGUUUGUUGUAUUUUUUUUGUCUCGUCCUUCACUUAAGCUAAAUUUCUUCCUACAUUGACCACAGAGCGGCCCAUAAUUUUUUAAUUUUUUUAAUUUUUUAAUUUUUUUUUAAUUUCUAAGAUUGUUGCAUCUAAAUUUACGUUCAAGCGUCCAUCCAAAUUGAAGAUGUUAGCAGAUGCACGAUACGCAAAAAAAAAAAACAACAACAACAUUAUAAAAAGAUGGUAACAUUACUUCUGUUCCUUGAUGAUUUAAUAAUUCUCAAACCUGGAUUUGUUCAAGCUGAUGAAAAGUGCAAUCGGGAACCCAAAUCAAGAUAGCUUCGUUAGAACAGGGGUCGUCAAGGCUGCAGUUAUUGAGAGAACAAGUACCGAUGUAAUGGCGGUGUUCCGCUACGCAGAAAUUGUAUGAAAUGUAGGAGAGAUCUUCUUGGCAAGUAACAAUACAAGAAAACCAGUCAACGUCUUUGAUCGUCUUGUAAGCAAAACCAAUUAAGGCUGCUUUGUUAUGAGCGGUGAAUGUGAACGCUUCAACGAGGCACAACGUCACCACAAAACACACCUUCAUAGGCAUCAUCUACUAGGGAUUGUGUCGGAGAGCGAUAUUUCUUUCGGUGCACUCUUUUUUAUUUUAUGGCUACCUGUCUGGUUUCAAGUUUCUUUCCGUUAAAUGCAACCCGCGUCACUUAGUAAAUCAAAUAGUGGGAUGUAAUACUGUAAUUUCCGUCUGUGAAAGGUCUUUCGUGUAUCCCUCUCGACCUUUUAGCAAAAUGUCCAGUGUUUGAUUCGUCUUUCAAAAGAAACGCUUUCUUACAUGUCAAUCUAAAUAACAAGUUGAAAUGUCGGUGUUUUUUUUUGUCUAACUUCAGCCAAUAGGCACCAGACUCAAUCGAUACGUAUAAUUUACUUUACUUAAGUUUGUCAUUUACUUCUGCAUUAAAUUUUGAUAACAAGCUUUUCAUCUCAGAAAAUGCACUUUGCCGUGUGAUUCCGAUAUUUGUUUUCACUGAGGCUCCUGGCCGUCAAUUGACCUUUAUUUGCAUAGUGGAUAAAGUUUUUGAUAAAGUGAUUCUAAAUCUCAUGAUUAAACAAGUUGUAUAAGAGAAUUGGUGUUGGAAAUCAUACAAAUUUAGAUGAACAAGGCGAAAAGGCAUUUUCACGAGCAGCUGGAAAGAAAGUGACAUAUUGUUUUUACAAAAUAGCACCAAAGUGGGCAGCCAAAUUAUUGGUAAAAAGAUGAUCGAAGCUGUAUUCAUGAUGCAGGACGGUUUACGUCUGAGCUUGACAAUCAAAGAUUUCUUUUAAAAAAAUAGGAUCUGGCGCCGCAUACGCUUUGAUUAUUAAAAUUUGGGAGCUUAAGAAGAUUUGAAAGAAUCCAGAAUAAAAACGCACCGUGGUGUGACUUGGCACAUUUGGCGCCUAAAAUUUUGCCAAGCCUGAGGGAAAAAAACAAUGACCUAAAAUGAGUACUGAACUUCUUAUUGAAAAGGAAGCUAUAUUUUACUGGUUCCAUAGCCGUUUGUUGACAUCACUAUGGGAAACAACAGUACUGUAGUAAUCCAGUGCCAUACAUGAUAAGUCAGAGUACUGUUGUAUUCCAGAGCUGUAAGUAAACAGUAAGGAAAGACUUACUCUGACGUACCUACUUAAUGGUACCACUACUUAGAAAAAUUCACUGGCCGUAGAAUUAAAUUUUGUGAUUAAAAAGUGUAAGUUUUGCUUUUAGAUUCUGUUUGUUUCAAUGAAAAUGUAUGCUGUGGCUUAUUCGAAAAAUAAACGAACAUAACAAAGAAAAACAGCAGCCGCCGUUAUCCAGUGUAUUCCAUGACUUGACAAGGCAUAGUCGUGGAGGUUAUAUCCAGCGGCCUAUAGUGACAUUUCCCUUUGUGGAGUCCAAUUGCUUAAUCAAUACCAUUUACUUUUUCUUAACUAGCACAAUCAUUGUGACAGGAUCACAGAGUUUAUAUCAAAUUUGUUGUCAAAGUUUUGCUCCACUCAACGAUUUACAAUGUAGACCGUGAAUAAAAUUUAUGCAGUAAUAAGUCAAGAAUGCAUGAGCUAGACUCUCUUUUUGGAGAGCGAGAAGAGGAGAGAUCCUGGGAUCGAGGUUGAAACGAUGUACGAAAUAAGAAUGGGUGGCUUCUCUCUCACUUUGCAUUUGCGUUGCACGCAACAGAAGAAUGAUGAAACAAUCAGAACCCGAUUUUAUACAUUCAUCUAAUUUCUUUUUCCAUUUUCUACUCUCUAAUACUAGUGACAUAAAAAAAUACCCGGCGGAGGCAAAUAAAUAUCGUAAUACAUGAAAAGUAACAAUCCUAAGUGAAAGAAUCUGAGGAUAUGAGAGGUCGAGGAUCAGAGACAGAAGAUAAAUUUCUCGCAAAAAGAGCUCUAUAUAUAAUUUUACCGUUUCUCCAGAAGAAUAUGGAUGCCUCUUUCUCCGAUUUAGAGCACACAGCAAAAGAUUAAGAUUUUAAAAAAAGGUUUGUUAUGACCUUUGAUGACGCAAUCCCGACGCUGGAAUGAUUUCAAAUUCUUCAACACGCCUGAUUGAUAAAAACAAUCUUUAAUUUUGAAUCACUUCAUCAUCUCGAGCGGAAUACAGCAUUUUAGCAUAACACUGAACAUGCGUUCAAAGGAGCAUUUCUAUCCGUAAUCUUUCACAAAAGUUUAAAUUGAGACUUAACGAAGACUACUGCAUCGAUCACAGGGACUUUGGACACCCGGUCACAAGGCACCUUUGUUCAUCAAACGCCAGUUGAUCCUUACCGACUGCUUCCACGACGUCAUCAAAACAGUAAGCUAUUGUUUACAGAAGGGAAAGUCCCUGUUUCCAUUAAUAGACAACUAUAAAAAGUGAACUAAUCAGCGAAGCUUGUCUGUGUCAACAAAGGAGUAUCUGAUUGCCGCCAUCUGGAAGCUUUAAGUUAACUUAUUUGGUUGCAAUGGUGUUAUUUUCGACGUAGGGGUAACUCCUCAAGCGGCAGACCGGUCAUAGUAAACCCUCAUCACAUGCACGAGGGACAUUUCCCACAAAGAUAUCUGAUAAGUGUUAUUUUCAUUCCCAUUGUGUUCUUAAAAAGUCGAGGUAAGAUCGAAGCAAACACCGCAUUGAAUACGGGGAAAGCCCCUAUUCUAGGAAUUCUAUAAUUAGUGGACCAAUCAAAGGCUUUGUUUGUGUGACGCUGUUGUCUCGACAGAUCUAUUAAUUGACUUCACUAUGUAGCGAGGAAGCGGGUUACUCCUCCAACAGCCGGCGAGUUCGUUUGAAGAAGCUGAUCAUGAGUUGAGCAAGGCCUGAUUUAUCACGAGGUUUGUUUGUUUGAUUUUGAAAUGGUUGACGCAGUGAUUGAUAGAGUACAGUGAAACGAUUAAUUUUCUUCGAAUAAACCUCCGACGUUUGCGAUCGGCCGGUGCGCGAAAGGUAACUGAUAAAACAUUAUUUCAGUUUAUGAAAGUAUUUUAUAUUCAGCGCUAUUUUACCUCCUCAAUUCUUUGAUAAAUAAAUAUUUUGCUAUGAAAUACUGCUACGUAUUCGCCUGAAUACAGAAACACAUCAUGUUCAACGGAUUUAUCUGUGAUAUGCAACCGAGAGGCUCGCAGUAGUUAUGAUUUGGUUUUAUUGUGCUUUAAGAACGAGACAGUUAAACAUCAUAUUCGACGGAUCCGAUCGAAGUAAUGCUAUUUAACAAAUUUACCACAAUUUUCCAUUUUCUCUAAUCUUAUUGAUCCCAGAAAUGACGCCUACAAUGAAACCACGAGACGCAACCGAGCGGUUUCACUGCAGAGUUAUUUUCAGAAUUGUUUUUGUCUUAUUUGCAUACUCUUUGACGAUUCUUUGUUGCUUAAGCACUUGGACAAGGGAAAAUGUUUAUUUGAAACUCCGUCGUGGAUAUUAUACAAGAGGUGAUUCUAUCCUAGCAAUCUAUCUAGCAUUAUAAAUUGUUGGUGGAUUAUCGUUGAACUCAAUUGCCACCGCCAUUCAAGUCUUUGUUUGUAUUCAACUUAGAAAGUAUUCGAUCAUCCAUACUUCUGUUAACUGCCGUUUCGUAAAUUUUGAGGAAUCAUUAAAGUAGUAGGAGCAAUGUCGACUCACUGUCGAUGGGAAUGGUGUUUCAUGUAGCUCAUGGACUUCGCCAAAAACAGUGUAGCACUUUUGACCGUUUCAUUACCUGAUAUACAUGGCCAUUUUUUCAAAAUGCAUUAGUGUUAUUCUUUGGUGCGUGACGUGGCUUUGAUCUUAUAGGAUAAGCUCUUUGCUUGUAAAGUGAGACGGUUCAUUUGCCAUUUACUCGAUCAAAUUAACCUUCAUACCUGUUUCCAUCUGUAAUUGUUUCUGGGAGGCAGUCCGAGCAUGAAAACGUUCAAGGAAUUGUUUGAGAAUUAUUGACGCUAAACUGUUUCUACUAACGGAGUUAAAAGCGUAAACCAAAUGCAAAUUUUGCGAUAGUUUGGUAAUUUUCCACCCGAAUUUCUGUGGGGGUGAUCGAAGCAAAAUUGUUUAGUAAAUAUCACGUGUACAAGAGUAAGAUAUCUGAUAGGUUCCAUUUACAUAGCUGGUGUGUUUAUGAAAAGAUCGGGGCACGACCAAAACAAACGCGUAGCUCAGUCGUGGGGAAAGCCCCCAUAUCUACUAACUCUGUAACAGAUAGACUAGAUGGUUUGAUUGGAUGAACAUCAUCGUUUAAAAAAUUAUCUUCAUAAUUACCGAGAAAAGUUUGUAAAUCGCUCGCCUCCGGCUCUCGAUCUCUCUGCUUUUUUCGCCUUCUGCCAACAUCCCCAAAAGAAAGGGGGGUUCACUUCAGAAUGCACAGUUUUCUGGUACAAAAAAUUGUACAGAAUGUGGAAACAUUUUCGUUGGACUAUUCCCUAGUAAAAUAUAUAAACACUGGUUCUGUGACGAAGAUAUGUUUGUAUUCUACACACUGUCAUUUCUGGGAAAGCAAUGAAUAUUAAUAAUCAGUUAUGAUACGGUCAAGGAAUUUCUAAGAAACAUCUAACGCCUCAAGAGCUGAUGGUCAAAGUUCAUUCUGAAUUUUCAAAAAUUAAUUACCUCUUUACUGAUAAAUUCUAGUUGCCUGCAAAAAAUAAAAUUCGCGAUACUUAACAAGUUUCCCAAGGAUUCCGCUUGAUAAAUUUAUGUCGUCUGGGAAAUUUUUCGUUUUCUGGGAAAUUCUUUUGGAGCAGCUACCGAAGUGAGCUUAUGGUUUAUGGUUUCAGGAUCCUUAUCAUGAUAAGUGCUCGUUUUAUGGAAAGUUAUGCCUUUCUCAGUGAAUCUACAGAAAACAUGUGUUAACCUUAAACACCCAAAUAUCAAUAUUGUUGAGGCCAAUCCUCAACAAGAGAACAAUUUUGUUUUCCUAAGUCCGUUCCAUUCUAUUUUUGUAAUUAUACUCCCAGCAUGCUUAGUGAGCGCGUCUCAGUGUCGUCGUGUAGCGAGAAAGAAACCAUGUGCUUUGUAACGCGCUAGUCGCGGGGAGUUUCUCAUCGUAUGGUGAGUCUUAGGAGCUCGUGUAUUUCCAAAUCCCGUUCCAACAGUGAUUAAGUGUUUAUUUUGUAGGUUUUUACUUGCGAGGUGAAGCUUCUUAGCCAAAGAUGAGACUCCAAUUCCGAUCCUGUUGUGUUGUUAAGAAAAUAUGUUGAGUGUGCAACUCUCGAUUAUUAAACCUUGUGUUCAAGAACCCUUGUGUUGUGAAGGCGCGUUCUUUGUCCCCUGCUCAAAUAUGAAUAUUCUCCAUACUGUUCUCUAUAUAUUCCUAGGGGUACUGACAAGGAGAAUUUGUUUAAAAUUUAAAAGCUUCUUUGCUUGGUGAUCAUUUCGUUUUUUACUGUAACCUUCAUGGUUGAUUCAAGAGUGAUAUUGUGUGGAGAAACUAGAUGCUAGUCACUCUUUGGGGUUAAAGUUAUAAUAAUUCUGAAUGAUCAUAUAAAGGAAACUUUGCUUUCAGAAUGAACGCAAGAAUAGACAGCAAUAUGGAGGAUGCCGUCAGAGGGAUAAAUGAGUUGUCUGACGCUGAAAGGCAACAAUGCUGGAGUGGUCUACAUGACCUUCAAAUGAAGACGGUGGAUGCGCGUGUCAAAAUCCAAAUAACCGCAGACAGUUUUCGUGCAGCGGCUGAUAAACUGGAUCAAGUAUGGCGGGACUGUAAGAUAGCACACGCUGCUGGAACAACUGGUGGAAUUAUUUCGGGUUGCCUCGCCCUUGCAGGUGUAACAGUAAUGACGGGGGGUGCUGCCACGCCAUUUCUGUUGGCUGGACUGGGUUUUGGAGUCGGCGGGGCUGUCACAAAUAUCGGGACAAGCUGUGUAGAGGCCUCCAUAAACUCCUCUGCAAUCAAGAAGGCUGAAAAACUCUGGGGGGAAGCUUUAGAAAGCAUCAACGAUCUUACUACGACUGUACAGAGUUGGCUGGAUAAGAAAGAGAAGGCGAGAAUUGUUUACAUUUUGUACCUUGCAGAAGCCUUCGAGUUUGUUGACCCCAUCCUACUGAACCUGCUUCAUGAUAUGGUAUCCACUGCCUUCGGGAUCUCCAUCAACAUACUGAAAAGUUUAUCUGCAGCCUUGUCAAAGGCCGGAGCAAAACUCUUGACAGAAGUUGGUGAACAGGGGGGCAAAGGAAUAGCCCAACUAGCUGAUGAUGCAGCACAAGCAGGAAAGACAGGAUUGCAAGUGGCUGAUGACAUGGCUCAAGUGGGAAAAGCAGGACUGCAGGCUUCUGAUGACGUGGCACAAGCAGGUGCCAAAGCAGGGUCCAAGUCGGCAGGGAAAUAUGCUGGUAAAGUCUUGAUUGCAGCCAACAUUGCAUUCCUGAUGGUGGAUUGCAUAGACCUUGGAUUCACGGUCAGAGAUCUUGUUAAAAACAAAGGAUCUGAGGCAGCAAAAGAUUUGAGGAGGAAGGCAAAGCAACUCGAGGAUUUACUGGAGGAGUGA